AUGAUUUUGAGACGUUCGUUCCUUGCCCAACGUCCAUUCCUUCGCACAAUGGCAACGAGUCCACCCAAAGUCAUCCAUUUCGGGCCCUAUGAAGUCACUGAUCAAGUGGGUCUUUCCUCGACUGUCUUCUACAACACGCCCUUAUGUUACUGUUUGGUCAAUAUCAAGCCAAUAUUACCUGGCCAUGUCCUCGUGAUACCCUACCGACCUGUUCCGCGACUUACAGAUUUGACGCCCGCUGAGGUGUUUGAUCUUUUCUCGACUGUUCAAAAAGUCCAGAAAAUGCUGGCAAUGAACUAUUUCAAGCAUGGCGAUGAAGUAGGGAAACUCGAGGACGGAUCCUUCAACGUCGCACUUCAGGACGGUCCUGAAGCUGGCCAAACGGUAGCGCACGUGCAUUGCCAUAUCAUCCCCAGGUCGAAGGAUACCAGCGGCGAAGGUGAUGGAAUCUAUGACAGAUUACAGGGCGAAGAGGGGAAUGUUGGGGGAGGCCUUUGGGAUACGAAACGACCAAUUCCAAUUGGCAAAUUUCCCAAGAUUGAGGACGCGGAUAGGAAACCUCGCGAUCCAGAAGUCAUGAACAGAGAGGCUGCCUUUUUCCGAGAACAGAUGAAAUCGGUGGAGCUUGGGGAAUUUUUUCGAAAUGUGGCUCGUUCGCCUUUCUAG